AUGUGCUACAUUUACGAUUCAACUCAGCGGCCAGCGGAAUAUAACAUAAAAGAAAUAACUGGAAUAUCCAGACUGAGCGAUGAAGACCCAACCAAAAUCAUAUAUCUAAAAAUCAAAGUGUUUGUUCCAUUGAAUAAAGAAAUUGAAACACAAAUCAAAGAAUUUGAAAAUGGUCAGAUGAACGCUACAUUCAUUAAACCUAUGGCAAAUCUUGAUUUUGAUAUGAUGCCAGCUGUAGGCAUAAACAUAAUGGUGACAGGUUUGGCCCCUCAAACUGUUAAAAAUGUGGAUGGCGAAUCUGUUCUUGACUUUCACGUGGAAUAA